AUGAUCCAUCUGGGCAACUCUCUUCCCCCUUUGACGUAUCCGUCUCAGGCUGCGAGCAUCGGCUCUCUCACCUCCUACCAUGUGGAGAGACAGCACUGGUUCUGGGAUGAGAUGGAGAAGAUCUGCGUGCAAACGAGCUCCGAGCAGAGGGGAGAGGGGAGGAGCGACACAGGGCUCCCCCAGUCCCUUGACAAGCUCCUCCAUGUCAUGACAGCGACCAUCAAGAACAAGAGCGUCUUCGUCAACGCAAGCGACUCAUCGCUAUCACCUCUUGUUCAACCCAGCGCAACCGCCGAGCUGAGCGAACUCAGCGCUUCGCAUCGUCGAUUCGACUCGGAGGCCUCUGAAGACAACCAGAAGCCCUCGGAUGGCCAGGAGUCGCCACGAACCCAGUCCCCCAUGUCGUCGUCGACGGAGGAUGCAAGCUCUGAUGUCGUCAACACCAUCUUCCCUCGUCGUAAGGCUGGUCAGGACCGCAGGAAUGGUGAGCCCGUCGUCCUGAGAGAGAGUACUCUCAGGGAGCACUUCAGCCUCCCGCUCAAAGAAGCAGCUGGGAGGCUCGGGAUUUCCCCCACGGCCAUGAAGUCGGCCUGCAGACGGCUGGGCAUCAAGAAGUGGCCCUACCGUACGGACUCGCAGUGCCAGAACCUUCCCCUUCCUCAAGUCAUCCAGCACCUGGUGAAGGAGAACAAGGUGCUGACGUGGGAUGCUGUUAACGCAUGCUAUCUUGUUCUGGAUGGAGAGCGGUUUAAAGAGAGGUUCAAUCAACUGAGGGAGAUACGUCAGAAGCACAAGGACGGAGCCCUCGAGAGGCCCUUCAGUAGGAUGCAUAACUUCUUCGUGCUCGAUCGGGGGGAGAAGUGGGCGAAUACAGGCACCACCUUCCGCCCGAAGCAUCCUCGCUACGCUCCUGAGGGAAUCUACUUGACCAGCAGAGACACAGCAGCGGAUGCUUCGAGACAUGAGCAUGGAUUGCAAGCGCAGAGGGAGGUACCUUCUCCCUUAGCAGUGCUUGCAGCAGCUGCUGUUGAGGAGGGGGGCAGUGGCAGCUUGGUCAAGUGA